CGACCGAGGAGACGGGCGACCGCCCCCAGUUCCCGCCGCCGCCCCCGCAGUUCCCGCCGGCGCCCCCGGGCCCCGCGAUGCCGCCCCCCCCGCGGGAGCCCGCCUACCCGUCCCGGCCCUCCUCGGCCGCCGCGCCGCCGUCACCUGGCCUGCCGGCGGAGGAAGACGGCGAGGACGAGGAGGACGGCGUCUACGGCAGGGCCGCCCCCGGCGGCGCCUCGGGCUCCCACGGCGGCUUCGGCGCCGGCCGGGAGGAGGCUGACGACGGCGGCGUGCGGGGUUCCCCUUCGCAGAGGGCGCCCAGACCGGGCCCGCCCGCCAAGAGGCCGGGUCCGCCGCCGCCGAGGCCAUCGGGGUCCAAGGUGAUGUCGCUGAGACCGACCGGCAAGGGCAAGGCCAAGCCCGCUGCGGGGCUGGGCGUGGCCAAGCCGGGCGCUGCCAGGCCGGGCGC